AUGUCUAGUUGUCAAUCAACCAGUGCUACAUCUACAACACUUGCUCCUGUAAGAUCAGAAGAUCCAGCAUGGGCCCAUGCACGUGUAGUGCCAGGGGCAAGAAAUAAUACUGAAUGUUUAUACUGUAAUAAAGUAAUUAGAGGUGGCAGGAUCACUCGAUUGAAGUAUCAUCUAGUUGGGAUUCCAGGUAAUGUAGAGGCAUGUAAAAAGGUCUCUGAAGAUGUAAAAUGGCAAAUGAAGGAGUUGCUUGAUGAAAUGAAAAGAAGCAAAGAGAAGAAAAGAAAAAUAAGCUCAGAGAUUGGAGGCGAUAUAGAUUUAACAUCUGAUGAUAUUGAUGAUAGUAAUAAUAUGGAGGGACAGUCUCAGCUUUCAAAAGGUAAGGGGAAGUCGGGAGAAUCUGGAACUGGAAAGUCAGUGGGGGGAUUAAGUAGAUUUUUUGCUCCAAGAACAACUCCUGGGGCCCAACCUUCAAUUAAGAAUUCUAUGUGUUCGAAUGAGAUGCUUGUACAAGCAAAGAUGGUUGUAGCACGCUCGUGGUCUGAUUCUAAUCUGCCUUUCAAUACGGCUCAAUCCAAGUUUUAUCAAUCAGUUAUCGAUGCCAUGACUGCUAUCGGGCCAGGAUUUAAGGGCCCUUCUUUAUAUGAGUUGAGAGGAAAUUUGUUAAAAAUGACUGUGAAUGAGGUUCAAGAUUAUUUGCAACAAAUUAAGAAGAUUUGGAAUGACACCGGUUGUACACUAAUGGUAGAUGGUUGGACAAAUCAGAAGCAACAAUCAAUAAUCAACUUUUUAGUUUAUCGUUCGAAAGGUACAAUGUUCUUGAAGUCUGUUGAUACAUCUGGCCUUAGAAAAGAUGCUGAAACAUUGUUUAAUAUCUUUAAUGAGGUUGUUCAAGAAAUUGGAGCUGAGAAUCUUGUGCAGUUCAUAACGGACAAUGAUGCAAGUUAUAAAGCUGCAGGAAAAAAGUUACAACAAAAGUAUGGCUCUUUCUACUGGUCCCCUUGUGCAGCUUAUUGCAUAGACUUGAUGUUGGAAAAUUUUUCUGAUCCAAGAUAUUUUCCCCUUAUUGAUGAUACUAUAAAAAAGGUAAAAAAGAUAACAAAGUUCAUCUAUAACCAUGGUUGGGUUUUGGCAUUGAUGAGACAAGAGUUCACCAAAGGUCAUGAUUUGUGUCGUCCUGCAAUUACAAGUGAGCCUUUGGUUCGUGUUCUACGACUUGUUGACGGGGAUGAGAAGCUUGCAAUGGGAUACUUGUAUGAUGCAAUGGAAAUAGCCAAAGAGAACAUAAAAGCAAGAUGUAAUAACCAAGUUAGUAUAUUCAGUCCAUUCACCAGGAUCAUUGAUUCUAGAUGGGAUAAGCAGCUUCACAGUCCAUUACAUGCAGCUGGUUGUCUUCUUAACCCUGGAAUUUUCUAUAGCCCAGCUUUAAAAAAAAAUGAUGUUGUAAGAGGCUUUAACAGUUGUGUUAUGAAGAUAGAACUUGAUCCUGAUGAUCAAGACAAGAUCAUUGCAGAACUUGACUUGUAUAAUAAUGCAGUAGGUGAGUUUGGACAUUCUUUAGCAAUCUGCCAGCGUGAUAAGCUUAAUCCAGAAUGGGUGAGUGAAGAAUCUGAGCUUCUUGAUGGAGAAAAUUUGGAUUGGGCAAGUAUUGAGGAGCCAUUAAUCUCACUAAAUGAGGAAGACGUUGAUAAUGUUGGUGUUGAUGCUGAUGAUGGUGGUGACAUUGAUGAAAAUAUUUUGAUUAACAUGUUGAAUCUUGAUCCUUAUUGUCUUUUUGAUGAGGAUGAGUAA